UUCACCUAAUGUUGCAAAAAAAUUUCAUGUUGGACAUUUGCGCUCCACCAUCAUAGGAAAUUUUAUAGCAAACCUAAAAGAAGCUUUAGGACAUCAAGUAACAAGAAUAAAUUACAUUGGAGAUUGGGGCAUGCAGUUUGGUCUGCUGGGAACUGGUUUCCAGUUGUUUGGCUAUGAAGAAAAACUCCAGUCCAAUCCUUUACAGCAUCUCUUUGAGGUUUAUGUACAAGUUAAUAAAGAAGCUACAGAUGAUAAAAAUAUUGCAAAAUUGGCACACGAAUUCUUCUGCCGCCUAGAACUGGGUGACACGCAGGCCCUUUCGCUGUGGCAGAGAUUUCGGGACUUGAGCAUUGAAGAGUACAUUCAGAUUUACAAGCGCCUUGGAAUACACUUUGAUGAAUAUUCAGGAGAAUCAUUUUAUCGUGAAAAAUCUCGAGACGUCUUAAAGUUGCUGGACAGCAAAGGACUUCUACAGGAAACAGCAACAGGAAAUGUUGUAGUAGAUCUCUCUGAGACGGGUGACCUCUCCUCUAUCUGCACUGUGAAGCGAAGUGAUGGAACUUCUCUCUAUGCAACCAGGGAUCUUGCAGCUGCUAUAGAUCGCAUGGACAAGUACAAUUUUGAUUCAAUGAUUUACGUGGCAGACAAAGGGCAAAAACGGCAUUUUCAGCAAGUGUUCCAAAUACUGAAGAUCAUGGGAUAUGAAUGGGCAGAAAGGUGCCAGCAUGUAGCUUUUGGAAUAGUAAAGGGAAUGAAGACUCGAAGAGGGGAUGUCACUUUUCUGGAAGAUGUCUUAAAUGAGGUUCAAUCGAGGAUGCUACAGAACAUGGCUUCCAUUAAGACAACAAAAAAAAUGGAGAACCCGCAGGAGACUGCAGAGAGGGUGGGGCUUGCAGCCAUCAUCAUCCAGGACUUCAGAGGUUUGCUCUUAUCUGACUAUCAGUUCAGCUGGGACCGUGUUCUCCAGAGUCGUGGGGACACUGGAGUCUUCCUACAGUAUACCCAUGCCCGCCUCUAUAGUUUGGAAGAGACUUUUGGAUGUGGUUACCUCAAUGACGUCAACGUUGCUUGUUUACAAGAGCCACAGUCUGUCUCAAUUCUCCAGCAUCUUCUCGGGUUCGACGAGGUACUCUAUAAGUCCUCUCAGGACCUCCAACCCAAGCACAUCGUCAGUUACCUUUUAACACUAAGUCACCUUGCAGCUAAGGCACAUAAAACACUCCAAGUAAAGGACAGUCCUGCUGAUGUGGCCGCGGCUAGACUUCAUCUUUUCAGUGCUAUCCGUUGUGUCCUAGCCAAUGGAAUGAAGCUUCUUGGAAUUACACCUGUUAUACUGGAAGCACCUUAGCUGAGGACACUGAGGACCAUCUCUACAUCUCCUGCUUGGUUCACCAUCUGAGCCCAUCAAGUUUUAUGGGACAGUGACGUUGGUACAAUAAGCAGUCAGUAUGGGACAGACAUCACGAGGGCAGACUGUUCUCUCCAACAACAUACCUGGGAGAAGAAGACCGUCGGCUGCAGCAAACGUGUAGCCACAAAACCCACGGUACUGAAUUAACAGUUUAUCAAAAUUUGCUGUUGUCUCUGGAAAAAGCCACUCCUGUUUUCUGAAAUCUGGCAAAUGCACUCUUUCUUCUAAAAUGAAAGAGAACAGGAAAUGGUUUUCAUCCCUUGAGAAGAUGCAAUUUCCUAAGCAAAUCAGCAGGAGGUCAUUCUAAACAUUAACUUUUUACCAUCUGUACUUUUUCUGAUUGACAACAUUUCCUGUGACCAGACUGACUGGGGUGGAGCAGUGGGAAUACCUCAGGGACGGUCCGAGUCAGUAACUUGCUAGAGCAAAUGUGGGAUAGAAGUUUGCUCCAGAAUCAACAACACAGAGACCUUUCAGAAAAACCUGCUUUGCCGCUGCAGGGAAGCAAACCAAAGCUCUUCUGUCAGGUGUGCAGGGUUCCCUGCUGCCACACAUGACGUCACCCAAGGAGAUGAGCAGAAAGAGUUAGUUGAACAAGAGGACCUUCUUCAUUCAAGAUGUCAUACGCUUCAUACAACUCUAGACAGACAACACUCUUUGAAUGCAGCGUUUAUAUAACUAGACUGUGUCUCAAAAUUGUAGAAGACAUCUUUUGCUAGUUUGACUUUGAUUAAAGGGUAUACAAUUUUGGUUCCUU